CUUUCGUCUUUAAACCCACCACCACUUCCGUCUCUUCCCGUCCACCACCUGACACAGCUACACCUCGGAUUUUAAUUUUAAUUUUUCAUUUUUCCGUGGAUUUUCUUUUAGUUUCUUCUCUCUGAAAUUUCCGCCCGGCCAAACGGGCCAAAAUGAGAGAAAAAAUGGUUAGGGAUGAUUUGUACACUACGGUUCCUAGUUUCUUCAGGUGUCCGAUUUCACUUGACGUCAUGAAAUCUCCUGUCAGUCUCUGUACGGGCGUAACCUACGAUCGAGAUAGCAUCCAGCGGUGGUUAGACAGCGGCAGCAACACGUGUCCGGCGACGAUGCAGGUCCUUCAAAGCAAGGAGUUUGUUCCGAACCGUACGUUACAACGUCUCAUCCACGUCUGGUCUGACUCCGUGCAGCAGCACCGAGUCCGCUCAACCGAGUUGGAGAAUUUAGUCAUCUGUCAAGAUCAAGUUAAGGACAUCGUCAAUGUGACGGAUAUAAAAAAUGAAGAUUUCGCAGAAAAUUUCUCCAAGAUAAUCUCCUUCGCGGGAGAAUCUGACGAGAACAAGAAGUUUCUCGCGGAGAUGGACGGCUUCGUCGUCUUGCUGGUUGAGAUUUUGAUUAUAGUUAAAGAUAAGAACAUUUUGGAGCAAGUAGUUAGGGUUUUGGCGUUGAUUUUGAACAAAAUUGACGAUCAAGAACAUUUGAUGAACUUAAUGUUGAAGAAACAUCAAGAUAGCUUGACUUCGCUCUUUCACGCUUUGAAACAAGAACAAAACGUAGAUUUAAAAAUUGAUUCGCUCAAAAUCCUCGAAUUCAUUGCCGUAGACGCCGAAUCGAAGCUUUUAAUCGCCGAAAGAGAAGGAUUAUUAUCGGAACUCAAACACAUAUUAACUUCAAACGGUGCAGAUCAACCACUAAUUGGCGCCUGUUUAUCUUGUUUAGUUUCAAUUUCAGUACCCAAACGCGUGAAGUCAAAGUUAAUAACAAACUACAAACUCAUACCAGAGCUGAAGAAACUCAUAACGGACGGAAACGUUACUGUUUCGACGACGGAGAAGGUUUUGAAAUUAAUAGAAACUUUUUGUUACAGCAAGCAAGGGAGAGCGGAGAUAUGUAACGAUUCUAAUCUGAUGCAAGCGAUUGUUCAGAAAAUGCUGAAAGUAUCGAGUGUAGCAACGGAGCACGCGGUGACGAUAGUGUGGAGUGUGUGCUAUUUGUUUAGAGAUCAGCGGGCGCAGGAAGCGGUGACGGCGGGGAGCGGUUUGACGAAGAUUUUGAUGGUGAUGCAGAGUAAUUGCUCGCCGGGAGUGAGGCAAAUGAGCGGGGAUUUGUUGAAGAUAUUUCGGAUGUAUUAUAAGAACCCGGAAAAAUGAGCGGAAGGUCAAUGUCCCUUGCUUGCUUCUAUCAAGUAUAUAUUUGACGUGUCCUUAACCUGACCUGCCUAUGAAUUAACGCAUAAAGCUUUUGGCGUGUAGACUGGGAAGAUGAUCGUGGGGAGGACUAGUUAUUGGAUAAAGCGUGUGGUAGGUUAACUACUAGUUAUUUUUUGGUUUCAUACUCAAAAUUAACGUGCCAGCGGGUGAACGAUUGUCAUUAUUAAGCUACUCUUGUUUUCAAUGCCCUGUUAGACAGGUAAUACUAACCCGUCUAUCGUCUGUUGUUAAUUUAAGUUCAUAAAAUGUGGAUCCAAAGUCCAUAUUUUAAUAGUUUUUAUCUGUACGUGAAAAUUUUUUUUGGGUAUUUUGUUUUGAAUAUAGAAUUGGAAAAGAAGUGCUUGAGGGUAAAGCAAUGAGCUGGCAGAUGAAUAGGAGGGUGAGAUUUUAAUUAGAUUGGAAAAAGAGAUUCCUUAAAAGGCAGAGAAGUAAGCAAUAAAAAGUUUGACAAGAGAGAAAAUGGAACCUGCCUUUUUUUAUUAAUAAUUUGCGUUGAAUUUGAUUUAUUUGGAAAAAGCAGAACAGGGGUUUACUGUUUAGAGUAAGACAAGGGGCUGCAAAUAAUGAAAUGGGUUUGCUUGUUUAUAAUAUAUUAAUACUAUUAACCCUUCUUUAUCAA